UUAGAAGACUCGACAUAUUGUGUAUAGGACUGUAGUGUUGUAAAGUUGUAUUUAUAUUGUCUUUUCCUUACAUAGUGUUAUCUGACUAACUAAUAAAUUAAUAAAUUCCUCUUCAGAUAUUUUGCAGUGUUUAAUAUAAUAGCUUACCAUUGACAAUGAAGAUGACGUCUUCCUGGAUAAUAUUAUAUUCAUGUUUACUUUUCGGAUCCGAAAUUUUGUGUGAUAGAAAACUCGAAAGACGACAAGCUGUAUCAAAUUGCUCAGUGUUGGUGACUGUAGUAUAAAUAAAUAUUAUGCUACUAUAAGUGGCGAAAAUAAUGGUGGUUGGGCCUUGGAGGCUUAGAGACCUAAAUUCUUAUUUUUAAAUUAUUCGUAGGGCACCCAUAGUCUUAAUAAGUACUAUUAAACAAUAUACGAUCUUUAUUUAAUACAACUUACUACUUUUGAAUGAUCAAAACAUUUAAAACCCUUUCUUUUUUUAUAUUUAUUAUGUAAAAUACGUCUUACUUUAUCUACUAUCAUCUUAUUUUAUUUUUUCAUUAUUAAACUUUUGACUAGGUACGCAUAGGAUAUCAGAUUCUGACAUUUAAUUAUAUGUUCUGCAAUCGCAUUUUUUUAUUGUUAUCUUGAAUCUACAAAACUAAAUGUUUAUAUUGGUAUAUAUUUCAUAAUAUUGGCUUAUAAUUGUAUAAAUAGUACAGGAUUGUUUGGGUGGUGGGUGAGCGAUCACCGCCUGGGUCUGACGACAAUUUGGGCUGCUUGAAUCAAUUUGGGCCAACUUAUAAAUAUUGUAUAAUACUAUUAUUAAUACAACAUUUGGCAACAUUUUCUGUUUCCCUGGGAUAAUUUCUAUUACCAGUACAUCCCUGAAUUAGUAUUAAUUAAUAAUUUGAUGCUCAUUUUAAUACAAUUAUAAUUUAUAGAAACACUGAUGAUAAGUAUUAUUGUUCAAAUGGAUUGUGUAUCGAAUGGUCGCGGGUUUGUGAUGGUUACAAUGAUUGUUCAGAUGGUUCAGAUGAGACCGAAGAGUUGUGUGCUCAAUACGUGUAUGGAAUAAAUAUGAAUAUGGGUAUAAAAAUAAUAGCUAAUUAAUGCUAUUUAACAUUUAAUAUUAUUUAGAUUGCGGUAAAGUAAAUAUAAGCGACAAAAUAAAAUCAAAGAUGAUCGAAGGACAUGAUGUUAAAGAAAUUAUGGAUAUAGCACCUUGGGUAGUUGAUAUAUAUAAAUUUUUUACAUUAGGAUCCGAUUAUAAGUUUAUAAUUGUAGGAUCAAUUAUUGCUUCUAAUAUGGUCAUUUCUGUGGCUCAUACUUUUUGGCAGAAAAAUAUGAUAUCUAAGAAAAUAUCAAUAAAUGAUGGUCUAUACAAAAUCGGUGUUGGGAAAUUCGGUUAUAAUCUCACAAUAACUGACAACGGCAUUAACCAAAUAAUCGAUGUAGACAUGAUUUACAUGAGUGAACGUUUUAAUGGUAAGGCUGGGUUAUAUGCUGAUAAUAUAGCAGUUAUUGUAUUAGCAAACAAAUUUUCAUUUCUCAAUGGUGUUGCACCUGUUUGUAUAGAUUGGAAUAGUAAAUAUAUGGUACAUGAUGGAGAUCAAGGACAGAUGGUAGUUUUGGCAAAGAAUAAUUAUGAUAAUAAUUUAUAUACAUUUUUUCCAUACAUCAGCCAUUCUUCUUGUAAAAAAAUGUAUGAUAUAAACCGUUUUACAAAAUAUGUGACUUUGGAUAAGUUUUGUACCUGCCAUCAAAUGGAACAUGGUGAAGGAAUUCAGGGAGCCGGCAUAAGCUUUUUACACUUAAAUUCUUAUUUUUUAACCGGGGUAAUGAGUAGGUGGGAUAGAAUAAAUAAAGAUACUGUCUUUGCUUUUACAGACAUAAAAUACCAUGUUUCAUGGAUCCGUGGACUUUUAAUCAAACAUCUGGUUUUUAUGAACUCAUGCGUUUUACCAAAUAUUGAAGGAGUUGUAUAUAAUUAUGAAGGUUCUAAUAAAAUCUUAUCUCCCGGGACUUUAAUUAAUGAUAACACUACUGUUAUUGGGAAUUGUGAAGUUGGAUUUCAUAAGGUUUAUCCCAACGGUCUUAGGUUUUGUCAAGGAAAUAAAAAAUUAUUAAAUUAUGAUAAAUUUUGUUUGAAAAUGUGUCAACCUCUACUAUCUGAUAGUUUAGAUAUAAAAUGUAGUCAUAAUGGUAAGUAUGCUAAUUGCUCAGAUCUAUCGAUACCUGGCACAAUAGCAAUACCAAAAUGUAAGCAUAAUUAUGCUCUACCAAAUAGACAGCAAGAGACUACAAUUGAAUUACAUUGUCAGUCUAACGGAUUGUGGGAUAAAGAACUAUAUAUAUGCGAGCCAGAUUGUGGUAGACCAUUUAUUAAAGCCCAAAUAUUGAUAAAACAUGGUGAAACAGCAAAUGUUGGAACGGCACCAUGGAAUGUUGCAAUAUAUCAAAAAACUUCCGAUUAUGAAUUCAUUUGUGGAGGAUCAAUUAUUUCUCAAAAUUUAGUCAUUUCUGCGGCUCAUUGUUUUUGGAAAAAAGGUAUGCCAUAUACUAUAACAAUAGUCGACGAUCUUUACAAAAUUGCUGCUGGAAAAUAUUAUAGAAAUUUUACAAUUUAUGACAGUGAAUUUCCUCAAAUUAUAAAUGUGGAUAGGAUUCAUCUGAAAGAAGGUUAUUUUGGAUUUUACGGGCAUUAUGCUGAUGAUAUGGCUGUUGUUGUGUUACAAAAUAGUGUUUUUUUUAGAAAUGGUAUUACACCUAUUUGUAUCGAUUGGGAUGGUAACUAUACAGUAUCCAAUGGAGAUGUAGGAAAGGUUGUUGGUUGGGGAAAAACGGAAAAAGACAUUUUAAGUCCUACCUUAUUACAAACUGAUUUACCAUACAUCGACAUAAUAACUUGCCGGCAUAUAUGUAAUUUUGGGUUUGAUUCAUAUGUGACUUCUGAUAAGUUUUGUGCUGGUUCUUCAUUGGUUUCAGGAUAUGGUGUAGAAGGUGGAGACAGCGGUGCAGGCUUAUGCUUUGCACACUCUAAAUUGUAUUAUUUAACCGGAGUAGUUAGCCUCAAAGAAGCAGGCGCAAAUAAUUCAUUGGCACUUUUUACAUCAGUUGAUUACCACCUUGAAUGGCUUCGUAGAAUUUACAACCAUUAUAAGAAAGUCUAAUAUAAUUAAGUUUCAGAACUCGGUGUUUAUGAAGUAGACUGCGGUGCAGGAUUAUGCUUUUUACACUCUGAUUAUUAUUAUUUUACCAGAGUAAUGAUUCUCAAGGAUUCAGAAGCAAAUAAUUCAAUCUCAGUUUUUACAGAAGUUAAGUACCAUAUUCAAUGGAUUCGUGACUGUAUAACAUACAUAGUU